AGUUUUAUCAUUAAAUAUAAUAUAAUCUUCUGUCCAACUCAUCUGGUCCUCUGUUGUCUCUCAGUCCCAAAGGUGGAGGUGGAACCAGGGGAGGAGUCUGUCCUGCUGCCCUGGAGAAUCACAGAGAAUCUGGAUGGAGACGUUAAGGUGGAGUGGAAGGACGAGUAUGAUGAUGUGGUCCAUGUGUAUCAGAAAGGUUCUGAUCAGCCUGGAGAACAGAACCAGUUCUACAGAACCAGAACCAAGAUGGAUGAAAACCUGCUGAAGAAUAAAGACCUCAGUCUGACUCUCAGAUAUCCUGCAGACAGUGGACUCUUCACCUGCAGAGUCUAUAACAGAGAUGGAGAAAUCCUGAUGGAGAAACAAGUUCAGCUGAAGGUCAAAGACCAACAGGUGCAGGUGGAGGAGGGGGCGGAGUCUGUCCGGCUGCCAUUCACAGUGACCUCUGACCUGCUGGAAGGAGCUACAGUGGUUUGGUGGGACUGCAGUUGCAGGAAGAUCCUUGUGUAUCAGAAAGGUUCUGAUCAGCCUGUAGAACAGAACCAGCUCUACAGAACCAGAACCAAGAUGGAUAAAAACCUGGAGAAUGGAGACGUCAGUCUGACUCUGAUCCGGCCCACUGAGAGAGACGCAGGACUUUAUGAAUGUAAAGUCUGGAGAGACGGAAAAAUACUGAGAGUCAAAUGGUUCCAUCUGAAGGUCAAAGCAGGGAUGGUCCAGGUCCAACCAGAGGACAUCAGAACCAGAACCAGCACCCCUGCUGAAUCGAUUCCUCUGAUGGCUGAUCAAUUAGUCUGAUCAGUUCAUUGAUCUGAUUGUUGAUCAGAGAGGAUCUGGAUCUGGUUCCGGUCUGCAGACUCAGUUUUUACCUCUGAAAUGAUGAAUCAUCCUCAGCUACCAGAACCGGGCCCAACAGAACCCCAGACA